UCUCUCUCUGUGCUCUUUCUUUCUUGCCACUCUUCCUCCCUCCCUCUCUAAAGUUGCACAUGGUUUCUGUCUGAGGAGGUUUAGUUUUCUCAGGCUCUGGAUGGGAGAGGGAUGAUGCCAGAGAGCUGCAGGCAAACACACAUGUUCAAAACUUAGAGGAACUUUGGCCAGUUUUCUUUAGCACUGACAGACUUACAAGAACACUUGAAAUCAUCUUUGCAUUCUUUUGCUCACAUGGGCUGACAUUCAAUGUGGCUGAAUCCUGAAGUGUUCCUCUACAUUUUUAAAACCUGUGGAAGUCGUUUUGGGAACUUCUGGGCUUCUUCUUUCCCUCUUUGGAACUUUGCAGGCAACUGGAAAAUGUUGCAUGAAUGAUUUUGCUGACACUUCAAAGGUAAAUUGCUGACUACGUUUGCUGUUCCUGGACACUUGCUUUGUGGAAAGAAAAGGGUGAAGGCUGCAGCAUCACCACCAUCAUCAAGCUGAGCUUCAGCAAACUGGACAAGUCAUUUAUACAGGAUUCUUGAGCCAGGAAUCAUGAAAGAUAACUAUGGUGGAUAUGAGAACCAGCUUUUCAAAGAGGAGGACCUCACUGGAGAGGAAGAGGAAAUGCCUUCAUUUAGAGGUCGUACCAGAGGAGGCUGUGUGAGAUGCCAGCAGAGUCAUUCUCUUCAACUGGCUGUCAAAGUCCUCUAUGGAUUUGUUGCUUUCCUCAUCAUUACAGUGGCAGUGCUGGCAUCACUUGUGUUCAGGAAGGUUGACAGCCUGUCCGAAGAAGAGUCCGUCUAUCACAAGAAGAUCACCAGCGUUCAACAAGGAAUAGACGAUCUGAGCUCCACCUCUAACUGUUCAGGCUGCCUCGAUGUGACUCUGUACAGCAAAGAGAUCAGCCGGCUGAAGAGAGAGUUUGAAGACAUCCAGAGAAUGAUACUGGGACAAGAGCAGGUCCUGGACCAGGCCACCCAGGCCCAGGCCACUCUAAGGGACACCACCAACCGGCUGACACGUGACAUGCAGAACCACCUCAUCUCCAUCAAACUUCUCAACCAGUCCCUGGAGAGAUACCUGGAUCGUGUGGAGGGCUGGAAGGACGUCAUCGAGGAAACUGAGGAGAAGAUGAAGACUCUGACGGAGGAUCAGUAUGACGUCAAAGCUACAGCACAGCAAGUCAACACUACAGUGGCUCUCAGUACGAUGUGGAUAGAUGCCCUGCAGAGGAAAGCAGACGAGGAGACUCUGGUCCUCCAGAAGUUGACCAGCGACUGGCAGAACUACAGCCGAGUUCUGAGCGCGAUCAAAUCCAACACAAGCAGCAUCACGCAAACCAUGCGCUUCCUCCAAAACAACGUCAUAGCAGAUCACCAGAGGAUCGCCAUGUCCACCGAGGUCUACUAUGACCUAACUCAGCAGGUGAUGAACCUGCAGAUGCAGCUCGACAAUGUGACGUCUUUCAUGGAUGAACAUGAGGAGAACAUGCAUGACCUUCAUUACCAUUCCAAGUACUACGAGAAUCGCACAGGUGAGCGUUUCUCUGCCUUGGAUGGUCGACUGAACUCCAUCGAGAUGGAGAUCGACACGGUCUCCUCCAGCAUCAACGCCACGGUCAGCCAUGUACAGAGCAUGUACAAAUACAUCAACAUCGAGAGCUCGUCCUGCCAGAGCCGCCUGGGCAGACACACAGAAGAUCUACAGAACCUGAACAACACAGUGUUGUUACUCCUCCACUUAGCCGACACACUGAGGCAGCAGAAUAUGUUGUUAAAUGUCCGACUGGAUGUGGAUGUCAGGAACUUGUCUAUGGUGAUGGAGGAGAUGAAACUUGUGGACUUUCACCAUACCCAGCUCAUUAAGAACUUUACUAUAUUAAAAGGUGCUCCUGGACCUCCAGGUCCUAAAGGGAACCGUGGUGAAUCCGGGUCUAAAGGGCCUAUGGGACUGACUGGGAGUAAAGGUGACCGAGGCCCCAUAGGAAGCCGAGGAUCCGUUGGAGAGAAGGGGUCUCUUGGGCCCAAAGGAGCUCCAGGUGAACCAGGUCCCAGUGGCAAUAGAGGGGCAGUAGGGAUUAAGGGAGCCAAAGGAUCUCUUGGUGUGCCAGGGCCGCGUGGUGAGAGGGGCCAGAAAGGUGACAUGGGCCCCUUAGGUAAGGACGGGGCCCCAGGACCCACAGGGCCUCCAGGGAUCCAGGGUCAGCAAGGACUACCAGGCAUCAUUGGGCCACCAGGACCGAGGGGAAAACCAGGUCCAGCAGGACCACCAGGCCCACCAGGGACCCCCGGACCUCCAGGGUUGUCGUACCCCCACGACCGAUCUGGCGUGCAGCGACGCUCGGCCCCUGCAGACAUGGACUAGAGGUGAUUUGUCCGGUACAAAGAAUCUUAUGAAACUGAUAUGAACUGAAAAAAUAUCAUCCAUUGUGACUGGAAACGCAAUAAUCCAUUUGUAUUUCCAUUUGGAUUGUCUAAGACAGUGGAGAACUUAAUGAACAAAUGCAGCAAAUCAAAUUGGAGAUGGGGCUUUAAAGGAGACUCCCCCUAAUGAAAUAAUAUGGCCACAAGAAAUAAACCAAGAGGACAAUCUAAAAAAUUGAAAUUGAACUGCUGCCACAGAAUGAACUGCUGUUGAGACAGGCUGAGAAUGGACUGUGUUUGGACAGACUUUGAAUUUUAUAUGGCGGUGGUCCUCAUACAAACAUGAAUCUCAUACUGUCGGUCUUCUAUUAGACCCAAAUACAACAGACCAUCCCACCUGCUAGUCCAUUUCCAAAUGACAGAAUACAGAAUGAGCUUUUUCUUAAAUAAUGAGAUGAACAGAAAUUAAAAAACACAUCCAUUACUGAAUUUUAAGUCUUGCCUAGUUGAAUGUACUGGAAGUAAAGAAUGUGUUUGAGGUUGUUGUCAAGCCACCAAAACCUUUUGGGUCAUAAUGAAUAGGGGGCUGUUAACCACAGAUUUGGACUGCAGUGGUGUUUUCCCAUCCAGACUGCUCAAAGGUUUUACAUUCCCAUGCACUGCCACACUGUAUGGGCACAGUCUUGUUUUUAUGUUAUGUACACAUUGACACAUCCUUUUCUAGUGGAUAGCACUUUAUCAGUUCCUAAAGUGUAAACGUUUGUCAGUUUGCCUAUAUUUUGGUGUUUCAGAGCAGGUACUCUGAAGACUUUUUUUCACCGACUGGGAAAAACUGUCAUUUUAUGAUCCGUGUUUGAAGUAAAGUUGCAGAAUGAAGUAUACAGUUGGAGCCGGGUGGCAGUUAGCCUAGCUUAGCAUAAAGACUGGAAGCAGAGGGAAACAGCUAGCCUGACUCUGUCUAAAACUCACUAAUCAACACAUUGUAUCACACUUGUUUAAUCAACACACAAACUGAAAUGUAAGAAUGACACUUGGUUUUAAGUUAGGGGUUACACACUAUUACUUCUUGACAAGUUAACUCCGUCUGAAACUAUAAAUUGUCGAGCUUACAUUUUGUUUGUUUACAGUAUAACCAAACGAGGUACAGCAUGGUAAUUUGUAGGAUUUUUAACUAAAGAGAGAGGCAGGCUAGCUGUUUCCCUUUGUUUCUAGUCUUUAUGCUAAGCUAGGCUAAUCACCUCCGGCCCCAGCCUUGUAUCUUUUUCAUUGACAUGAGUGGUAUCAAUCCUCUCAUCUAACUCUUGAAAAGAAAGUAAACAAGCUAUUUCUGUUAAAGGUAUGAAGGCUAGAAGGUUAAUAAAACUUAUUCAAUACAUAAAAACUAUGUUGGUACCAAAGUAGCAUUAAAUUAGUUUGUUUUCCUGCAGCCAAAAUGUUAACGUUUUCCAGUUGUGAUAGCAGAGAAAUGACUUUUGAGAGUGUUUGGGUCUUAUGAUACACACAUAGAUAAUCAUGUAUAUCUCAGACAAAAAAGCUUUACUAAAAGGGAAGCAUACUAUUUUUGUAAACCUGUGUGUUGUAAUGAAAUGCGACUGGCUUGCAUCGAACUUCAAUAAAUGCUUCUUUUUUUUUUAACAGUA